AUGGGAUGUGUCGGCGACGAUUUCGAAAAGCAGAACCUGAUCCAAUUGGCCCAAUCCGCAGGUCUCGACGUCAAGUAUCAGACUCAUCCCAAAUUGACAACAGGAAGAUGCGCUGUCUUAAUCAGUUCUCGCGAUCAAGUUCGAACCAUGGUUGCAAGCUUGGGUGCAUCAGAGGCAUUCACAGCCGAUUUUCUUGAUGAGAGAGAUAAUUGGGGUGUAAUUGAGCAAGCUCAAAUUUUUUGCUCAGAGUCUUCGAAUUUGCAUGCUGUUCUCGAAGCCAUUCGUGAUACUCCGAAAUGGAAUCGAGGCCGACCACGGAUCGUUGUUGUAACAAAAAUUCCUGAACGCACAACAGUUGCAACAGUUGAUGGUAUCAAAGAAUAUCGAUGGAAAAAACCUUCAAAAGUCAUUGAUACACAUGGUUGUGGUGAUGCAUUAGCUGGAGGUAUGAAACGUUUCCAAUUCUUUUCAUUUUGA